CACCGUUUAUCCGGUAUUUUUUGGAUGUCUCCUGUUCAACAAGAACUAUAUCAACGAUUUUUGGAUGUAGUUUUAAAUGACAACACCUGUAAAACAAAUAAAUACAUGUAUUUAAGUGUUUUUAUGGUUAAAGACAACUAUGGGAGGUUUCAGAAUAUCGCAAAUGCACUAGUGGAAAAUAAAAUAUCUUUAACGUAUACAUGGAUUCUUCAAUGUUUAUUAAAAGCAACGGGUAUUAUCCCAAAAUCAUUUUGGACAGAUUCUGAGCCUGGUUUGAUUAAUGCCAUUUCGCAAGUCUUUCUUACUACACCACAUUUUUACUGCUUAUUUCAUAUUUGGCAAAAUGCUAUAAAACAUCUUAAAGCCAAGUUGGGUUCAAAUUUCAACCAUUUUGCCAAGGCUUUCUAUGCCUGCAGAAAUGCGUUAUGUGUAGAAAUUUUUGAGAAACGCUGGAUGUUAAUGAUAGAAAAUUUUCCGGAGUGUGAAAAUUACAUGGCCAGAUUAUAUACCAAUCGAAUCAGUUGGGCUAAGGCUUAUUUACCAUUACAAUUUAAUGCCGGCAUACAAAGCACCUAA